UUAGGACAGAUCCAGCCACACCUGAGUGGGUUAGGACAGAUCCAGCCACACCAUAAUGGGUUAGGACAGAUCCAGCCACACCUUAAUGGGUUAGGACAGAUCCAGCCACACCUGAGGGAGAUGGAUGACCUGUUGAAGAGCUGUGAGGACAUGACCGGUGUGUCCUUCAACUCCCGCCUGUCCACCAGGUACACAGACACUCACCUGACUGGACCAGCUCAGAACCAGAACCAGUCAGACACACACCUGACUGGACCAGCUCAAAACCAGAACCAGCCAGAUAUACACCUGACUGGACCAGCUCAGAACCAGAACCAGUCAGACAUACACCUGACUGGACCAGCUCAGAACCAGAACCAGUCAGACACACACCUGACUGGGCCAGCUCAGAACCAGAACCAGUCAGACACACACCUGACUGGGCCAGCUCAGAACCAGUCAGAUAUACAGAAGAUGGAUGCUAUGAUGGGGAGCUGUGGUGGUAAUGACUGUCACACAGGUGCCUCCAUCCUGACCUACACAGACACACACAUGGAGGAGUCUAGGAACCAGUGCCAAAGUCACCUGAAGGAGGUGGAAUCCAUUUUGGAUCAGACUGGAGCCACAGGAGCCGCUGUCCAGCCUCAGUUGCCUCCUCUUACCUCUGCAGGCACUCAGCUGAGUGGCACUAUGGCUGAGUAUCAGACAGAGCUAAUGGGGAUGCUGGCCAAGUUAGAGAACUGUACGGAGGAGACAGGAAUUACCUUUGACCCUUUAGAGUGGACUUACCCCAGCUUACCAAAAGGAUUUUGCCAACACAACACCAACAUGAAUAAGGUAACACAAGACAGACGACUAACAACACAAGGACUCAUGGAGUCUGUGGGGAAUACUAAGACUGAAGGACUAGAGUCUGGGAGAGGUGUGGAUCUGAAGCCAUAUUUGGGCAGUACCUUUGGCCAAUUUGAGCCCCAAAGUUAUCAAGCUAUCUCAACAAAAAGACAUUCAGAUGAGUUAGGAGACUGUGGAGAAACAUACACAAGAGAACCCAUGUCCAUUGUGUGUGAAGAGGACACAGACAGGGGCACAGAGGGGGACAUGAUGGGAGGCCAACAACUAGAGACAGAGUUGGGAGGGGUGGAGGUAAGGGGAGGUGUGGAGUUGAGGGGAGGCCAACAACUAGAGACAGAGUUGGGAGGGGUGGAGGUGAGGGGAGGGGUGGAGUUGAGGGGAGGCCAACAACUAGAGACAGAGUUGGGAGGGGUGGAGGUGAGGGGAGGGGUGGAGUUGAGGGGAGGUCAACAACUAGAGACAGAGUUGGGAGGUGUGGAGUUGAGGGGAGGCCAACAACUAGAGACAGAGUUGGGAGGGGAGGAGUUGAGGGGUUCCGUGCAGGAGUUGGGUACUGUGCUAGAGGGCUGUAUCGAGGAGGUGGGGAGAAUGGAGAAGAGAUGGGAUGAACUGAUGGGAGAGCUACAGGCACUAAGGGAGGAGAAGACAGGGACAGAGGAAGGGAGAGAAGGAGGGCAAGCAGCACAGUUAAGGCAGGUGCUAAAUAUUGAGGCAGAUGGGAGGAGGGAGGCGCGGAUGAGGGAGUGGCAGUCUUUGAGGGCUAAGAGGAGUGAGGAGGAGAUGAGGCUGUCCAGCGUGCGUCUGGAGAAGCAGGGUCUUCAGGAGGACAUGAGGAGGCUGAAGAGGAGGCUGUUCUCUGUCGCCAGGGAGUGUGCUCACAACCAGGUCAUCCUGGUAAGCCAGCAGCAUGAGGUGGCCCAGCUCAACAAGGAACAGAUGGAACUCGACACACUGAUCAUCCAGCUGACUGAGGAGGUGUCUCAACUCGGCUCCACCCACCAGACCCAGCUCUCCACCUUUCAGUCCCAGCUCCAGACACCCAGACAGACACCCAACCCCAUAGAGGAGCUGACUCAGAGCAAGAGGACCGCUUGUGGGGACAUACAGCAGUAUCUGCAGGGGGUGCUCAAGGCCCUGGAGGAAAGGUAUGAGCCAAUGCUGCUGGCCCUGUUGAAGCGGAGGGAGAGGACGUCAGAGGCCCAGGUGAAGGCCAGGCAGCAGGCCCGGGAGUUGAGGGCCCGUCGGGGGCCCCUGAGGGAGGAGGGACAGAGGCUGGGGCUGCAGAGAGCCUGCCUGGAGGAGAGACUCGUACUGAUGGGAGACCCACAGGAGAGAGGACGUAGAGCAGUAUAGGGAGACAGUGGACAGGCUGGAGGACACUAGCAGAGAGCAGAAGACAAAGCUACACAUCCAGAAGAGGGAAACCAAGGAGACGGAGGAACUGAGAGACAGACUUACUAAAGAACUCCACCUGUACAGAGGUAUUGUCGAAGACAAUAACAAGAAUGAUGUAACCAGAGUGCAAGAGAAAACCACCGGGACAAAUAGAAGUGUUUCAGUUUAGGUUACAAGAGACAAACAACCUUUUCUUAGUUCAUGACUUGUGUUUCCAACAAUCAUACCAUCCUUACAAAUGCACUUUUAUACACCUUUCAGAAGGUUCUAUUCUAUUGUAAAUAAAACCCAGGAAGUAGAAAACCAGGAAGUAGAAAAUCAGGAAGUAGAAAAUCAGGAAAAAGCAAGGCAGUUUUGUACACUGGUAGCUGAAAUCUGUGGAGAAUUCCCAUCAGGUUGGGAAGGGUGUCUGGAGAAAACAAGCUCGCCGUCAUUCUCAUUCUAUAUUUAAGACAUGGUAAAACAUCUGUAGAGAAGAAGGUUCUGGAACAUUCUGAAGAUAGAUGUAAUGCAUUCUUUAUAGUGUAACAAAUAAAAGGUGUUCUU